AUGUCGACAGGGCCGGCAUUGAAGAUUCUGCUUGGUCUCGCCAAUGUCGGGGAUGCACAGCGGGAUCCAACCGUCCGAUACGACACGCCUGAACAGGUGAAUGAAUACCUGGAUGCAUUCUACGCCCACGCCGGGCGCGAGCUGGACACGGCCCGCAACUACUCCCCCCACGCGCCCGGCACGUCGGAGGCCAGGCUGGGCACCGUCGAAGCAGGCGAGCGAUUCUUGAUCGAUACCAAAGUUGUCUCUUUCAUGCCGGGCAGCCACGCCAGACACAAGAUUCUGGAGAGUAUCGAUUCCUCCAUCGAGGCGUUGAAACAGCCAAAGGUCAAUGUCGAGUACCUCCACGUCCCGGAUCGCGCGACGCCCUUCGAAGAGACGGCCGAGGCCUUGAACGAGGCCUACGAGGCAGGCAAGUUCCAACACCUCGGCCUGUCGAACUUCACAGCCGACGAGGUGGAAAGAUUCGUCAACAUCUGUGAUAAAAGGGGCUUCGUUAAGCCAAGUGUCUAUCAGGGACAAUAUAACCCCAUCGUCAGGAGUGGAGAGGAGGUGCUUUCCCCGACGUUGCGAAAGCAUGGCAUGGCCUUUUAUGCGUGGAGUCCUGCUGCGGCGGGCAUGUUCGCAGGGAACCACAAGCACAUCAAGCCGGGUGAUCGAUUUGAUACGUCCCACUCGAUGGGCCAGCUAUACGCAAGUGGCUAUCUGAAAGAACCCAUCCUGGCUGCUGUGGAUCGAGUCAUCGAACUUGUCGCAAAGCACGGCAUUACCGGCCACGCAGCGGCCUUGAGGUGGACUGUCUACCACAGCAAGCUCCAAGCUGACCAUGGCGACGGCGUCAUCAUCUCUGCCUCGAGCGUGGUGCAGUUGAACUCGAACUUUGACUCCAUCGCACAAGGUCCCUUGCCAGCCGAGGUUUCUCAUGCUCUUGAUCAGGUGUACGGUCAGGUCGCGGGCAACGAAUUCCCCUAUCACUAUUAG